CAUGUAACUUGAUUCCCUUUACGUUAACAUUACCACUCCUUAAAACAAACACCUCCUACGAGACUGAUAGAGGGGAAACAGUGUAUUCAGUAAUUCUGUGUGGGCCUGGCUGAAAGAUGCUUUAAACACCUCAAAUGAUCUUAUCAUGUGAUCCGAGCACCUCAUUUCCCUUGUAUUCCAAAGGAGACAAACGAGGCAAAGAUGUGAGGAGCAGCAUCAACCAGCAGGUGGAAAGGAAAAAAGAAAACGAAAUGAGAGCAGCCUACGUGACCUGUGGGACGGCACCGAAGGCGCUAGUCCCAACCACCGCCGCCACCACCGUCUCCUUCUCAGGCUCUCCCAAAAAUUCGUUGCUUUCCAAACAAGCACGCACAGGUCAAUUUCUUCCAGAAUUUCAGACUUUGAGCAGCAUCAGAUCGAGUACCCCCUCUCACUCUCACUAGCGGGCUACUAGGUAGCAUAGCAGCUGGUGGAAGCAUCUCAUCUCAUGAUCCAUCCCCUUCUCCCCCCUCCCUCUCUCCCCUUACACAUUCCCCAACACCUGUAAAGCAGCAGAGCACCAAGCUGCAAGCAGAGACUGCCACAGAUAGGAUAGCCACUCAUCUCCUGCUUUUGCUUCUCUCGUCUCCGUCGCCGCAAUUCGUCGGACCAGAAACUCAUGCAGAUCCUCUCUCUGCUCUGCUGGUUCUAGAGCUUGGCAGUGUCAGGGUGGCCUGAGGGAGCAGAGAUUUGCUUGUCCCAAGUGAUUUUUCUCCAUCUUCUUGGUCCUCCGGUGGUCAUCUAGUGCGCUUCUGUUUUCCAUGGCCGCAAUGGCCAACCCUCCUCCGACUCCGACGACUCUUGGUCUUGGGCCGCAGCCGACGUGGAUGCCCUACGAGCCGACGAGGGAUUGCUCCCAGGGCCUGUGCAGCAUGUACUGCCCGCAGUGGUGCUACUUCAUCUUCCCGCCCCCGCCGCCGGUCUUCGACAUCGCCGGGCCCAGCGGCGACGGCGACGACUCCUCCGGCCCCGCCUUCUCGCCCCUCGUCAUCGCCAUCAUCGGGGUGCUCGCCAGCGCCUUCCUCCUCGUCAGUUACUACACCAUCAUCUCCAAGUACUGCGGCACCUUCAGCUCCCUGCGGAACAGGCUCUUUGGCCCCGGCGGCAGCCGCGGUGGGGGCGGGGGCGGCGACGCCCGGGGCGAUUCCAGGAGCCAGGAGGAGUGGGAGGUCUCGCCGUCGGACGGGAUGGACGAGACGCUGAUCAGCAAGAUCACCGUGUGCAAGUACAAGCGCGGCGACGGGUUCGUCGACUCCACCGACUGCUCUGUCUGCCUGGGCGAGUUCCGGGACGGCGAGAGCCUGCGGCUCCUGCCUAAGUGCAGCCACGCCUUCCAUCUCCCGUGCAUCGACACUUGGCUCAAGUCGCACUCCAAUUGCCCGCUCUGCCGCUGCAACAUCGCGUUCGUCGCCGUCGGCAUGGUUUCGCCGGAGCCGGAGGGCCGUGCUGCGCCACGGGACGACCGGAGAGGCAGCGACGAAUUCGCUCUGACAGUCGACGACUACUCCGCCGGGCAAGUGCGCGAAGACCCGCAGGCCGCGCCGAACAGUAACGGCGGCGGCAAUGAGGACGUGAAGGAUCGUCCGGGGAGAUCCGAGGCGGCCAAUGUCGUAGUCGUCGAGAUCAGAGAGGACGGCGCCGUCCCGCCGCCGGUCCCGGCUAGGGCGCCACCGUCGAUGCCAGACACGCAGCAUGAAGCCCGCAUGUCCAUUGCCGAUGUGCUGCAGGCCAGCCAAGAAGACGAGCUUACGGUGGGCAGGGAGGGCGGCCUCCAGCAGGCAGGCUCCUCGAGGCGGUGCCACGGGGAGCACAGCAAGGACGGCGGCGGCCGAGCACCGCCGGAUGCAUCGACGAAGAAGUUGCCGCCGGCCGGCAGGUCGUGCUUCAGCGGCAAGGGUGGUGGCAGAGGAAAGGAUUCAGGCCCUCCAGUGUGAUUUGCUUGAGGCGAUGAAUGAUGUCUCAGGCAUUCUUCUUCUGUUAACCAGUAGAACACUUGACCGUGAUGAUACUUUUCCGUGUGCUUCCGGUGGAGAUCACGUCGCCAGCCGGAUCAGAGACUGGAGAUUUCUUCUUCAUCGUUACGAUCUCUACUUGCGAUUCGCCAGCAUGCUGCACAAGUCCUCCCUGUGCAACUGCAACGCCUGCUGACUGGUGACAUGUCCUGCACCUGCUUGGUGAUUCUGCAACUCUGCUAGAUAAAUUGUAUAGGAAAUGGUUUCUCUUCUUCUUCUUCUUCUUCUUCCAUGUCGCCACUCCGCUUUCUACACGAUUGGAUUCUGCUCCAGGGCAUUCUCUCUGGAUUAGUGAGUUAACUACAUUAGGCAAAAUACGUUGUUUGCAAUGAGGAGUGUGUCCGUUUCGCUUUU